CCUAACAUCCUCCUGAAAUUCUAUUUCUUAGGAGAAAAUUAAUAUUUAUGUUUUAUAGUUUUCCGUCUAGAUAGUCAUCUAACAAAAGCCAAAGCGAUUUGCCUCUGUACAACACACCUGAGGAUUUCCGCUAUGUCGAAAAACUUAACUUAACUUCCUCAUUUGGGAAAUUCCUACUCAAUGAGGAACGGCUCUGGGAGAAGGAUAUAAAGGCAGUCUUCAGCUGUCACUAAGACAUUAAACCAAAGACUCUCAGAAGAGAAGCAACCAUUAAACCAGCUCACUAAUUCCAGAGAAGGAACUCAACUGAACGACUGAACGAUGGCAUACGACCUACAUGAAAUGAUAACCUUGGCUUAUGAUGAUGCAUCUGAGACAGACAGUGCAUUUUACUCUGACAGUGCCGAUUCUGAUGAGAUGGACUGCUCGGAUCAACCAGCCAUGUGCUGCCGAUGCGACAUGCACGAAGGCAUGUCGGAGCAUUCUUCCAGCAUGAAGCAAGUGGUGAACAUCAUCAUUGCUCUGAAGAGGAUGAAGCACGUCAAACCAAAGUCUUCAGAGUUUGGUGAAGAAGAGGUGCUCAACAUCAUCAUGGAGAAUGUGAUCAGAGAGCGUCGUAUGGAAGUGGUUGAGGUUACACCAUCUUACGAUAAGACCAGCACGACCUUGCAGUGCAACAUUUGUGAUCAGUUCAAGAAGACUCUGGUGAAAAGCAGCACAUCUCCUCGUUUGAUGGCUGUGACGCUGAGAGACGGAAACAGCGAUUUCAAAGUUCGAUUCAAUCUGUCCACGUAUGUAUCACCGAGUGUCAAACCGAAUGCAUCCCAGCCUGUGUGUCUGGGCAUUUCCAAUAGCAAUCUCUAUCUUGCUUGUACCAAUGAUUCUUCCCCUCACCUGGUCUUGGAGGAGAUCACUGGACCCCUCAACACCAUUAAAGCUGGUGACCCACAUGAAAACCUCCUGUUCUUCAGGAGAGAGACCGGUGUGGCUAAUAACACUUUUGAAUCCGUUAAAUAUCCUGGAUGGUUUAUUAGCACGGAUUAUGAGGAUAGUAAGCCGGUGGAUAUGUGUCAGGUGCCAAGUAGGCGAUUGACAAACUUCGCGCUGGAGGACAAACAACAGAUCCGGAGUUAAGAAUCAAAUUUGAUUUCCUAAAUAUUUCCAGAGAGUAUGUACUAAGUACAGUUUAUGAUCUGGAUUUAUUGAUCGUUCCAAACCUUGUAAGACUUGAUGUAGAGGCAGCUGUUAGACUCCUGCAGAUCUUGGGCUUCUGUAUCUUGUUUUUUGCACUAUGUGACGACAUUAAUGUGGUAAUUGUAAAUUCACAUUGAAUUUUUUUUCUAAGUAUUAAUGUUUUUCUAUAUCCAUAAUUUGUAAUAAUAUUUAAUAUUUAUUUUAAAGUAUUCUAAAUUAUUUUAAGUGUAAUUAUUUAAAAAAUCAAACUUUGUUUUGCUCUUGAUUGUGUUAUGAAAUAAACCUAUGAAAUAAUCAUUA